AUGAAUUCAGUCGAUGCCUCCGAGCAUUAUGAGCUUGGAGCUACAGAUCUUGCCCCAUCCCUUCUAACCAUCAUCUUGGACACAAACCCUCACGCAUGGGCCGCACUUGAAAAUUCCCUACCUCUAUCCAACGCCGUCGCAAACCUUCUCGUGUUCGUCAAUGCCCACCUAGCAUGUAAUUAUAUGAACGAGGUUGCCGUCGUCGCAUCUCAUACCCAGAAAGCAGGAUGGCUGUACCCAUCACCACAAAGCACCCAUGCAGCUGUAGCAGACCACGAAGGCGACGUCGUCAUGAACGGAGCCGGCAGUGGAACAACCCAGACCCAAACGAACAAAUACCGCCCCUUCCGCAUUGUGGAAGAGCACGUGAACAAGAACUUGAAGAACCUCUUAGACUCCACGAGUAGUGACGAUGUGCGCGGCAACACAUCAACCAUGAUAGCUGGUGCGCUGACCCUGGCACUUAGCCACAUCAACCGGCGCACGAUCGCUUGGGCGGAGGAGCACGGUGGCGCAGAUCUGGAAGACGCCGCCGCCGACGGCACAAGGAGUGGAAGCGGCUCAGGGACAGGACCCCCUACAACGGGCCGCUGGGCUGCCUCAAACGACGACGAUCGGCUCCAAAGCCGAAUCCUCAUCGUCUCGGUCAGUGGAUCUAGCGACUCAGCACAUCAGUACAUUCCCGUCAUGAACAGCAUUUUCGCCUGCCAGCGUCUGUCCAUCCCGAUUGACGUGUGUAAGCUGAGCGGAGAUGCCGUCUUCCUACAACAGGCUUGCGAUGCUACAAAGGGCGUGUACAUGGCUCUUUCCGAGCCGCGUGGUCUGUUGCAGUACUUGAUGAUGGCAUUCCUACCAGACCAGCGCUCACGCCGGCAUUUGAUUCUCCCCACGCGCGUGGAUGUGGAUUUCCGAGCUGCAUGCUUUUGUCACCGCCGGAUCGUGGACAUUGGCUACGUUUGCUCCAUCUGCCUCAGUAUCUUCUGUGAGCCACCUCCAGGGAAUGACUGCCUAACUUGUGGUAAUUCGCUGGAUGUAGGUGAAUAUGGUGCAAAACCUGCGCUUAUCCAGAGGAAGAAGAUCAAGAAGAAGAAGCGCAUAAAUGGGACUUCGGCGGCUGGGACACCAAUCUCCACACCGACUCCCGGUCCUUGA